AUGAUAUCGACCUACCUACCUACCUACCUAGGUACAUAUAUCCAUUUACACUCUUCCCAACAACCAUUUUCAUCUUUCGUUGCCAUACCACGAUACAACCCCAUUACAUCUGACUACGCUCAGCAUACUCAUAUUUAAUCUGCGGGAUUCCUUGCUCAAUUCGCAGCAGCCUAUUACAGCCUAAGGGAUUCUUACUUUCUAAACACCACAAUAAAUCCGGUCAUUUCUUCCCAGUCGCCAUUCAUAAAUCAUGGCCGAUUCUGAUAAUCCCGAUGGCUCUGAAGUAGCUGAUUCUCAGCACGAAUUCAACAUCAUUAAGCAUCACGUGAACUUCGAGCUCCCCCCUUCAAAGCCAGGACAAGCAUGGCAAAGCUACCCAGAACUACCCAGCGGCCAAGAUCUCAAUCCUGACUGGGACGAUCCUCAGCAGCUAGAAGAGAUACGUCGUCUUCUACCCAACACUUGGCAAAAGCCAUGGGAGGACAAGAACACCUAUCUCGAGACUCACUACCGUCUCCAGAGGGAGGAGGCCAUUACCAUGCUGAGAUAUUCGAUCAAGAAAUUCAAAGAAAACCCUACAAUGAUGGAUGAUCAGGAGACCUGCAUAUAUACUAGAGUUUUUGUCAAGGGUUAUUUAAUGACUCGUCUUGGUCCCAUGUGUCAGGUCCAAUUCUCUACUGAAAAGUCCGGCAAGAAGAUCCGUUGGACCCAGACGCGUCGCCUUACUGUGGGAACUCUUGUGGCUAUCUCGACUGCUAGUGAUUGCUUUAAGACUAUCUGCAUGCCUGCCAUUAUUUCCGACCAUCGUAUUCGCGAUGGUCUCGACCAAAACCCGCCGACGAUCCACUUUCAAUGGACUAACCUUGAGGAUGCCGUCAUGGAUCCCAACCAAGAACUUGUCAUGAUUGAGACUCGAUUUGGCUACUUCGAAGCCGUCCGACACAGUAUGGUCGGCCUACAGCAUGUCGCAAAUACGGAGACGCCGCUCGACAAGUAUUUGGUUGGGGCAGACAAGAGUGACCUUCCUGCAAAAUACGUCCAGGAGAGCCCGCGGAUGGAUAUCAGGUCCCUAGUACAUCACGUCCCGGAUUCGUCUUCAAUGACGGCAAGCGAGGUGAGCGUGAAGAUGGCCGAGGUUAGCGAGCCCCUGCGAGGCUACCCCGUGAUAGACGGCUUCGACGGCCAGCUAUCUAAGUAUACAAACCUGGACAAUUCUCAGCUUAGUGCCGUACAUAGAAUUCUCACCAAAGAAUUGGCUAUCGUUCAGGGCCCCCCAGGCACGGGCAAGACAUUCACAUCGGUGCAGGCUCUGCAGAUCCUCUUGGAGAGCCAGGAAAGGGGCAGUAACGUUAUAAUUGUUGCAGCACAGACGAACCACGCCGUUGAUCAAAUUCUGAUUCAACUGAUUAACCUUGGUUUUGAGGUCGUCCGACUCGGUGGGCGUACUCAGAAUGAAGUUAUCAAAAAGUAUAGCAUGUACAAUCUGCGCCGUCGCGCGGUACCCCCGCGAACCCAUCGGGCAGAUCGCGAUUUCAGAACCUUCGAGUCCGCGCGCAAGAAGAACAUUGCGAUGGUGGAGAAAGCUAUUGGUGACGUGUUUCCUAAUGAGCUCAUAACCCCCGAUACCCUUCGAUCCUCGGGCAUCAUAACAGAAAGGCAGCUACAGUCUCUCCAGCCCGAACAGACAUGGUCUAGUGCUCCUCUGUUACCAGAUCAACCCAUUGGACCUCUUGCGGAGUGGAUGGGAAAUCAGCUGGUGAAGGUGAAGUUGCCGGAUGAGGAAGAACCUGAUUUUGAGGGUGUCGAAGAUAUUGACAGCCUAGAUCUGGACGCAGAGGACUAUGAUCUAGAGCUUGAUGACUGCAUCGUCGACGAAGAUGAGAACUGUGGUAGGAUUGAGGGCAAGUUUUUGCCAAUCAGACAUUUGUGGACCGGCAUGAACCCCCAGCACCUAACUGGAGACGAUCUUGUCAUCCGCCGAGAGCUUCAGAAAUCGGAUCUCUGGGACAUCGAUACUAAGUAUCGUGGUGCCGUGUACCAGCACUGGCAGAAAACACUGUUGGCAUUACAUCGCCAACAUUUCCACCACAUCCUCGCCGACAAUGUUCGAAUCUCCAAGAAUCUCAAGAUCAACCGAUGGUACAAGGACACCAAGUGCAUCAAAUCGCGGCAGAUCGAAAUUAUCGGGUGCACCACUACGGGCUUAUGUAAAUACCGUGGUUUGCUCGCUGCACUGCGGCCACGAACCCUGCUGAUUGAAGAGGCAGCCGAGACUCGGGAGGCAAAUAUUCUUUCAGCGCUGUACGGCUCGUUGCAACAGCUCAUUCUUGUUGGCGAUCAUCAGCAGCUCGCCCCUCACUGCGACACACCUAGCCUAGGAGACGAACCGUACUUUAUGCGAGUGUCCAUGUUUGAACGUCUCGUUAAUCUCCAGAUGCCCUUUACUGUUCUAAAUAUGCAACGAAGAAUGAUCUCUUCCUUACGGGAAAUUCUCAACCCCUAUUAUCCAUCUUUGCAGGAUCAUCCCGUUGUGACAAAAGGCGAGGUCCGACCACCAGUCCCUGGCAUGGCACUUCCAUCUUUCUUCUUCCAUCACACCUGGACUGAAGGUUUAGAUGAGAACCUGAGCAGAUACAAUAUCCUCGAGGCGGAAAUGAUAGUUCAGUUCAUAGACUACCUGUUGAUGAAUGGUGUUCCACCAGACCAGAUCACGGUUCUGACGUUCUACCGUGGCCAAAAGAAGAAGAUUCUCACCCUAUUCAAGAACAAGAUGAAACACUGGGCUCCAUUUACCAACGUUUUCACGGUGGAUUCCUACCAAGGAGAGGAAAACGACGUCGUGAUUCUAUCGCUAGUGCGAAGUAAUGGUCCUCAUGGGCCCCACCAAGCCGGAUUCCUCCAAGACGAGAAUCGUGGAGUCGUCUCCAUCAGCCGUGCUCGCCGUGGUUUCUAUAUUUUCGGAAACAUGAUCAAUCUCGCAUUUGCUAGCACCGCAUCGUGGAAUAUGUGGGGGAAAGUGCAACAGGUCUUUGAGAGACAAGGUCGUUUCGGAGGCGAUAGUCGUCUACCGAUCACAUGUCAAAAUCAUGGCAAGACAACAUGGAUAUCGCACCCUGAAGAUUGGGUCAACUGCCAUGGUGGCUGCGAUCAGAAGUGUCCUGAUAAGCUUGGCUGUGGCCAUUUAUGCGGGCGUCAAUGCCAUUGGGUAACUCACGACAAACUUAUCUGCCGCCAGCCGUGCGAGCGGCCUCUCGCAUGCGGCCAUCGGUGCCAACAGGUCUGCGGCGAGAGCUGCCUGUGUACUUGUGCCGAAUUCACGGGUGCGUAUUCCCACGAUGAGUUCUUGGAAGAUGAUGCGAUACUUCAGGAUCAACGUCGUAUGGGCGCUGCGGGUAGCAAAGGCAUUCGAAGGGGUCUCAGUCGGGGUAUUCGGCAUCCUCGAGGUUCUAGACCAGAAGUCGGAUACAACAGCGGAGCUUCUCGUAAUUCCGGCCAAAGUAUCGGACAUAAUGCAAGCUGGACAACUUUCGAUGCACGCUUAGACGACGAGCAGAGAUUCAAUGCCCGAAAACAGGGGGACCAGACAGGUACUUCGAGCGCGCCCCCGAACGAAGUUGGAUUGGCAAUACAGGACACUUACCGUCCUGUUACUCUAAACGAUCACGGUUUGCGUAAUGUUGGGCAAGGUGUCACCGCUGAACCUACGACUUCUAUUGUGGAGGGAAAUGAUCUCCUAAGUUUCGACGAUGAUGUCGAGACACUCGGUCUAACGACGCGCUCGCUUAGCUUGGGCUGUGAUCCCACGGAUGCGGAGGUGUUUGUAGAGAAGCCUGAUGGAGCUGGAGACCGAGGUACUCCCCGUAACGAGAUUCAACGCGGUCAAUGUACACAGGCAAUCUCAGGCAACUCGCAGCCAAACGACGCUGGAAUUACAAUUACAACUUCGUCAUCGCAAGCUGAACCAAUUGGGUAUACUUCUCCUCGACAGUAUCGACCACGCCGUCAACUCUCUAUGUCUGGUCCUUCUCCAACAGCACGUAAAGCUGACAAGCCGGAAUGGGAAUCGGCGAGUCUUGCUGAUACAGGCUCCGUCGUGGACGAGGACGACGAGGGUACAUUGGAAGACCGUGGUAACGUGAAGCAGGACGAUUUGAUCCUAUUCUAA